UCUCCCCAUCCUGGCUUCUCCACCAGCCAACGUCCGGGAAAAGCGAGUAAGUACAGGUUCCUUCUGCCAAUCCCCGCCGGCCACAGCUAACUUUCCCGCCCGGCCCCUUUCUGUCAUAAUUGAGGUGUCCCCAACCAGCCAAUCAGGAACGCGAGAGUAUCCCGCGUUUACUUUUGCUCGCCGAGGCGCGUAUCAGUCGGAAUUUUGGGGAGCCAACCGCGCCGUCUGUCCCUGGCAAGCCAGCGGCGGUUUAAAGGAGGUGGCGGGAAGCCUGUGUGUGCUCGAAUUCGUGACCCUCAUAGUCGCUCCGGUUUUUCACACCUGAAAAUAACAUAGCAAGGUAAGUCAAGAUGUCUGUGGAUCCAAUGACCUAUGAGGCCCAGUUCUUUGGCUUCACGCCACAAACGUGCAUGCUUCGGAUCUACAUUGCAUUUCAAGACUACCUAUUUGAAGUGAUGCAGGCCGUUGAACAGGUUAUUCUGAAGAAGCUGGAUGGCAUCCCAGACUGUGACAUUAGCCCAGUGCAGAUUCGCAAAUGCACAGAGAAGUUUCUUUGCUUCAUGAAAGGACAUUUUGAUAACCUUUUUAGCAAAAUGGAGCAACUAUUUUUGCAGCUGAUUUUACAUAUUCCCUCAAACAUCUUGCUUCCUGAAGAUAAAUGUAAGGAGACACCUUAUAGUGAGGAAGAUUUUCAGCAUCUCCAGAAAGAAAUUGAACAGUUACAGGAGAAGUACAAGACCGAAUUAGGUACUAAGCAGGCCCUUCUUGCAGAAUUAGAAGAGCAAAAAAUUGUUCAGGCCAAACUCAAACAGACGUUGACUUUCUUUGAUGAGCUUCAAAAUGUUGGCAGAGAUCAUGGGACUAGUGAUUUUAGGGAGAGUUUAGUGUCCCUGGUUCAGAACUCCAGAAAACUACAGAACAUUAGAGACAGUGUGGAAAAGGAAUCGAAACGACUGAAAAUAUCUUAAUUGCUCAGUAGUCAAAAGGAGGAGCCUGUCAAAAAGUAGAAUCAUAAGGAAUUUAUACCAAUGACUGUUCAAGCCAACCAUACUUUUUAUUAGAUUUGCUUUGUCAACUCUUUCUUGUAUUCUGUGUCUUCCUCUUUUUUGGUCCACUUUCCUGAGGUAUAUGUGUACUACUUUGAACUAGGCUGCAGCAUCUGUUCCUUAGAGUCUUCUAAUAAGUGGGAAGGGAUCAAACGAAGAAGCCAUGGCCAGUUAAAGAUAUUUGCAGAGUUAUACCUUGGUCAUAAGUCCUUUGUGACCUUGAUGAUUUUGACUCACUCUUUGGAUGAGACUAGAUGAGAAAAGGAUUAAAUGGGUGGCUCCUUUAGUAGUAGUAUUUUUGAGGCAAGGCCCCCUUCUAUCACCCAGGUUAUAGUAGAGUUCAGUGGCACAGUCUUGGCUCACUGCAACCUCUGUGUCCCGGGCUCAAGUGAUGCUCCUGCCUCAGCCUCCCAAGUAGCUAGGACCACAGGUGCGUGUCACCAUGCUUUGCUAAUUUUUUUGCAGAAACGAGGCCUCACUAUAUUGCCCAGGCUGAGUGGCUUUUUUAUUAACCAGUCAUUACACUGCGGGACAGCCAACAGAGAGUACUUGCUCUCACCCUGUAAAUUUUCUUACAUCAGGGAGUCAAUAUGUAGUGGAAAGAAGCAUGUAGCAAAAAUUUAAUAAAAAAGAAAUUGGUUUAUUUCCAAAAUAAAUCUCCUGACAAAAAUCCUGGUGAUGUUAAGCAAUUGACUGUCUUAGAGUCCGGCUGGAGAAGACCUUACACAAAAAAAGAGAACCCACUGUAACAGAGAAGGAAGCAUGUAGCAUACUCAGUAGUGAAAUUUAAUUUUACUGACUGUUAGGUAUCUAUGCCAAUUUAUUUUCAUACUUCAGUUGGUUUUGGAAUCUGCUUUAUACCUAAUAUAUAAUUAUUUAUUCAUACUUACAAGCAUCAAAUAUGUAAUUCCCUCAGUGGGAAAUUUGUGUUUAAACUCAAUGGAAUCUAAUGUUUCUUUAUGUCAUUAGUCCCUGUAAAAUGGUAGGUCACCCAAGGAAAGGGGAGAAAUAGCAAUGGCCGCUCCUAAGGUGUUGCUUGCCCUCCAUGUCUUCCUAAAGAGCAGAACUUGGAGUUUCUCCUUUAUGUAGAGAAUAAGUAACUUAGGGUGUAUUUGCAAUGAAAUAUUCAUAGAUACUGAAAGCUUGUGUUUACAUGAAAUAUGUUUAUUAUCAAGAAGUCUUUUUUCCAAUUCUGUACAUUAAAUAUAUGUGUUUUAAA